CGCGGCGGGGCCUGGCGGCGAUGGCUAAAGAGCGGGACCUUGGGCUGCUAGAUCAAAAUGUGUCUUCUGAUAGCCUGCCUUGCCAUCAUCAGUUCCAGCGAGCACUUGAAUCCUGCCCUCACUAAUAUCUGUGAACUCCAGAAGAAUCUACAUAAUAAGAGCAAAGUACUGCUAUGCACCCAGUCCUGCAUGACUCCAUCCAAAUGGCUUCAUUUCAGAGGUUGGCAAGAUUCCUGGAUUUGUGAUACCCUAGAAGAAAUGCCUUUAUAAAGCUACAAAUCCAUUUCUUUGAUUGGACAGAAGUAAUUUCUGAAGUGACCCAUAAUGCCCACAAGUAGUAAGUGAAGGCAUGAGGCAUUCUCCAAAACAUAAAAUUUCAUAAAUUUUCACCCAAAAUGGGAGAUCUGUCUCUUCUCCAGCAGCUGCAUAGGGAUGUGCUGGUAGGCACUCCUUUAACAAAGAACAGCCAGGAUUAUGCUUCUUUCCUCAAUCCUCAUGUUUCACCACAAGAUUCAUCCGCAAGAGUUAAUGAGUCACAUAAUCAAAUAUGCCCAGAAUCUCCUAACUGGGGCACUUGGAGCCAUCAGGACUCUGCUGUUUCAGAUGCUCUUGCCCUUGUGACAGAUGAUAAAUCUGAUAGCUUUGCAAACACGAGCUCUUCAAUGUUCUGUUCACGGGAAAUGAUACUGCUACAGUUAACAUUGAUCAAGAUGAUGAUUGCCAAAGUACAGUCCCAGGAAACUGAAUUCAGCAUAAGACAGAAGUACCUUGAUAUAAUAACAAUUCUUCUGAAAGAGACAAAAAUUGAUUCAAAAUUAAUUUGUCUAUGCAAUAGUUCUGAUAAACUGUUGUCUCACAUGGCUUCAAAAAGUAUAGCCUCCCUUAUAUAUUUCCAACUAAAGAAAGAGAAUACAUUUAAUGUCACCUGGCUCACUUUUUGUUUGAAGACUCUGUCAGAAUUCCCUAAGAGUGAUCAAGUAGCAGAAUGUCUAUGGAUUCUUAGAGCUAUUAUUAGAGACAUUUUGAAAGAUAAAGAUUUGCCCAAAGCAGAUAUCCUGAAAAAGGUUUUCACUCCUCUUGAUACUGUACUUGAAGGAUUUUACAAUUCCAUUUUGUCUCAUCGUUUUAACAGCUUCCAGGAUACUUCACUAUGUUCUAAAGCUGCAAACAACUUGAUCGGAUUCAUAGAUUUUCUUGAAGUUCUUGUGGCCUCAAGAAUCCAAACAGAGUCACAUUUCAAAUGCCAAAGAAUUUUAUUUUUGAAUACUUCUUGCAUCUUGGACCUCACUUAUUCAUCAGUUCAUUAUUUAAUCAAGAAGAAGUCCAUUAUGCUUCUUAAAAAAUGCAUCCUUUAUAAAGCUAGUGAAGAUUUCAUAAGUGGAUCAUUACCCACUUUAUCCCUACAGGAUCCUUAUUUGGAUAAGGAUAUGUUAGCGCUGGCUAAUGUUGUUUUGCAAGCUGUGAAUUUGGGGUGGCUGAAUCAAAUACCUGUUUCUGAAAAAGCCAGCUAUUUUGGAGGCAGUGAAGCUCAACCUGAGGAUGGCAUCCGCAGUGGUCCUGACCAAGUAAUCCUCAGAGCCUUAAGUUUGGUUUUACUUAAAGCUUUAGAGAUCAAGGUGCAGAACUCUACUAAAGCAGCUGAAAUAAAAGCAGACUUGCAGAGUUUCAUGUCCCGGUUAUUGAUAUUCUUGAAGAAACAUCUGAAGUCUUCUCCACAUUUUCAUUCAAAUGUACAUCCUUGUGAGUGGCUUUCCAUGGUCUUUAUAGAACAAGAUGAUGACAUGCUGGAAGCUGCUAAAUCUUUGUUAACAGUUUAUUUAAAGUUUAAUAGGUUAUGGCAUGAUGCUGCUGAUAACUUGUGCCUUGCAGCAGAAGACAACGAAACCUGGAUCUGCCUGACACAUGAGAGUGGCUGUAAUCCUCACUGUAUCUUUUUAUUUUUCCUUAAAAGUAUUGCGUUUGAUUCCACAGUUCUUCUUGACUUUUUGAUUUCAUCAGAAACCUGCUUCCUUGAGUAUUUUGUAAGAUAUUUAAAACUUCUUAGAGAAGACUGGCAUCGUUUUGUCAACAUCUCUAACUGCUUUGAUAUUGCGUCUAAAAGAGGUGUGUGUGUUUCUUUUGUCACCUCAUCCCACCAAGAAAAAAAAACCUGUCUGACAGAUUUAAGUCUGGAAAAUGCUUGUUGUGAUCCAGUACAACACACUCUGGUAUCUUUGGCUUCUUCCCAGAAGCCUUCUGUACCCAUGGAACAGCAAGGUGAUGACCAAGUUGUAAAACCCAACAAGUCUAACUCAUUGAUAUGGACUGAUAACACAUCUGCAUUGGAUUGCCUUCAAAGCCUUGUUAAUUAUGACAGUUCAGAAGAUUCUGAAUUGGAAUCAGUGGGAAAGGAGUGUUUGGCAAACAUGAAGCAGAUGCCUUCAAACAAUCAAGGCAGUACAAAGAUAAGGGAAACUGUUUGUAUGGACGUACAUGACAAACCCCAUACACUUGAACCUAAAGUGUUGCCCCUGAAACAAAAAAGUUCUAAUCCCUUGUCACUCGGGGUAUGUAAUAUGUCUCCAAAUAACCCUGUGCCUGUAGAAAGAAUGCUUCUCAAAUCAAUGAAAUGUCUGGAAGAACUGCAAAAAGCAAUUUCUAGGUUACAGAGAAGAAACCUUUUCCCAUACAACCCAGCUGCAUUGUUGAAACUGUUGAGUCACAUUGAGACAACCAAUAAAAGCAUGAAUCUACUAUAAGACAAUGAAGUGCUAUUGUUGACAUUUUGAAGUGAUUUCACACUAGUAUGUGAUGGAAUGUUUCCACAAGAAGCGUGUACAUGCUCAAAGAUAGGUCCAAAAGGAAUGUAUCAGCGUGUUUAGACCAAGCAGGCUCAACUGGCUGCCAACUGACACUUUGAAAAGACAAA